AUUCUCUUGUUACUUUAUGUUAUUUAGUUACUUCUAAAAUUACUUGUUUGGCAUGUUUGCUAUAUACUGUAAUUAAUUGGAAGAAUUAUAAUAAAAAUCAACUUCUUACCCCAAGGAAGAAUUCAGAGAUUCCUACAGCAGGAUAUUCUCUCUUGAGCUAGACCCAAAUGGUAGUCAGUAUCUUAUUUGGUGGAAUAGGUCUGAGUGAUACUGGACUAGUGGGGCUUGGAAUGGUCAUAUUUUCAGUUUAGUACCAGAAAUGAGGUUGAAUUAUAUCUAUGAUUUUAGUUAUGUUAACAAUGAAAAUGAGAGUUAUUUUACCUAUUCUCUUUAUAAUCCUUCAAUUUUUUCUAGAUUUAUUAUGGAUAUUUCAGGGCAAAUUAAACAACUCACUUGGUUGGAAACUACAAAGGAAUGGAAUUUGUUUUGGUCUCAACCAAAAGAACAAUGUGAAUUUAAUGCUUAUUGUGGGUUAUUUGGUGCCUGCAAUCAGAUUAUUCAACCCUUCUGUAAUUGUUUGCAUGAGUUUAAUAUUAAGUCCAUGGAUGAUUGGAAUUUGAGUGAUUAUUCUAGCGGGUGGGAGAGAAAUAUUGUACUGCAGUGUGGGAAUACCAGUACUGCAAAUGGGGAACAAGAUUGAUUCCGGAAAAUCCACACAUGGGAUUGCCUCAAAAUCCUCAAUCUUUGCCUGUUGGGAGUGACGCAGAAUGUAAAUUAGCCUGCUUGAAUAACUGUUCUUGCAGUGCUUAUGCAAUAAGAUUUUUUUUUUUUUUUGCCUUCCCUGUAUGUAUAUUAUUUGUACCUGUCAUGUUGCACAAACCUAUUAUGGCUAUAGAUAAUAAGCGUGGAGUUUGUAAAUAUCAUUGCAUAUAUAUAUAUACAUGUUUAUAAGUUAUUUUCUAAAUUUUCAGAGAAACCUGUUUAUUGGUGUUGGAGUGAUUAGUCUUCUGGUUACCAUGCUGAUGGUAGCGUCUAAUGCAUUUGAGAACCUAGAUAACAAAACCUAUUAUGUGUGAUGGGUCUGCACGGUUUUUCCUGUGAUAAUUGGCGGGUACUUCAAACUGAGAGUUUUGAAUUUAUGCCAAUUAUUCCAGCUUUGGCGGGGUGCAUCAAUUCUAUCACUUCGUUAGUAGAUUCUGUGCUGGUGGGCAAUUGGUUUGUCACAGUUCCUAGUGUUGUGGGAAUAGUCUCUACAGUGGGCCAAAUCACCAUUUACCUCAUCUACAACAACCAUGCUCAGAAUUGGAAUUGGUUGAACCUUCCACUUCUUACUGGGGAGAGGAUGCAGAGGAUGACGGGGAGAGGAGAGAUGAGGAUGCAGAGGAUGUCGGAGAGAGGAGAGAUGAGGAUGCAGAGGAUGACGGAGAGAUGAGGAUGCUUUGUUUUACUUGUCAAAUGCUACCGACGGACUAGCAAUCCUGCUUUCAUAAUUUGAUUCGUGGUAGUUGUUUCAUGUUCUCUGCAUUUAGGAAGAUUUAAAUUGCUCUCUUCUCAAAUUUCCAUGAAAAAACUAUUUGUAUGGAAGAGGCUAUUGUAAAUAUUAGUUUAAGAAAUCUCCUAAAUUGUACUAUUUUCUUUCUUAAAAAAAAAAAUUAUUGCAAUUUUUUUUGGGAUUCAUAGAAUACUAUUUGUAUAUAAGAGGCUAUUCUAAGGAUAAUCAUUUCAGCAAUUCUCAUUGGAUCGAGAUUUUUUUGUGA